CAGUGGCUUGUACUGUCAUUUGGACAAACACGGCUUAAGAAGAUGCACCUGUGUCAGGAAGCAAAUAGGCUACAGUAGCAGUUGGGAAAUAUUUUGCCAACUGCAACAUUAAGAGCUGACUACGUAGGUGGAUCUUUUGUGUAUCCUGUACAUGUAGUAGGGGAUCUAGACACGCAGCCUAAAACCUGCACUGCAACAAUGCCAGAGUCCUCCCUGGUCAGGCACCUUCACAGCAGCUCCCCUGAAUGUAGAACAUCCCCCGUGAGGCACUUCAGCCGGUCAUUGCUGCCACAGCAUAGAAACUCCUCCAUGCUCAGUACCUUCUGCACAGAGCACAAUGUGCAAGAUUGUCUGUCACAUAUCAGUCAGGAGAUAUCAUCUCUUGGCUUCCCACCAGUUUGGGCCGUGUCGGCCAGCCCCUCAGAGCUCAGUGUUGUGGCUGUGCUAAAUUGCAUGUAUGAGUUGAUUCAGCUGCAUCGCAGGAACAUCCAAACCCUGGAAAAUAUGGAAAUGGAGCAGCUUAAGUCAAGCAGCGAAGUGGACUUCCUGCAGCUCACCAGCACCCGACUAAAGGAGCAGCUUGAACUUUCCAGAAGAGAAAACGCGGGACUCCUUGAGAGAGAACGACAGCUACAGCUGAAAGUGAAAAGUUUGCAGACCUGCCUGAAAAAUGAGAAAGAAGAGGUGCAAAAGCUGCAGAACAUAAUUGCAAGCCGGGCCAGUCAGUACAAUCAUGAGAUGAAAAGGAAGGAAAGAGAAUUUAACAAACUGAAGGAGCGUAUGAAUCAACUUCUGGUUGACAAAAAGGAGAAGAAACAAGCCAUUGAUGUAUUAAACAGCAUUGGAAGAGCAGAUGGGAAGAGAAGCCUUUGGAAAACUGGAAAGACUGAAGCAAAGCAUGAGGGGGAGAUGUACAAGACACUGCUCAGUGACUACGACACCCGACAGAGGGAGUUGGUGCUGGAAAAUGCCGAGUUGAGGAAAGUGUUGCAGCAGAUGAAAAAAGACAUGGUGUCAAUAUUAAGUUCAAGAAAACCCACUCUGAAAGGGGAUAAACACAAAGAUGACUGCAUACAGGCUGAUUCGGAGGAGGAAGUAUUUAAUUCCAGUAAGGAAAGCGUAGAGCUGUAUUGUGUUCACGCCCGGGAGAAGCUGACCACCAGUAUUCGCCUCCAGUGGAGAAGACUCAAGAGUCAUGUAGAAAGACUAGACAGCCAAGCAUCUUUGGCACAGAGGGAAACUCGCAAGGAGGAGAUGGACAGGCUAAUGCUGGAUCUCCAGCAGUGCAAAGACUUUAUUCAAACACAAGAGCAGCUGCUGCAGCAGCAGCUGAGCUCACCUUGUGAUGAGGAGACGGCGUCCCUGCUGAGCGACUGCUACAUGUUGCAGGAGAAAGAGCGCCUCAGAGAGGAGUGGGGGACCCUAGAGGAACAGAGGAAGAUCUUUGAGAGGGAGAGGAAGACCUUUACAGAUGCAGCCAUAAGACUGAGCCAUGAGAGGAAAGCCUUCGAGGAGGAUCGUGCAACGUGGCUCAAACACCAGUUUUUAAACUUGAGUCCAUUUGCAGACUCAAAGACAUCCCAGAUGUCAAAGUCUAAAAGCAGCUUUUUAAUAUCAGUUGAACCAGAGGCAAGCGCAGCAUCAGCUCCAGAAAAGCUUAUCAGAUCUGACCUAGACUUCCACACACACAGAAGCGUCCCACUCACAACCCAGUCAGCAGGCGAGUUGUAUCCCACACCCUGCCUCAUCCCAGAAAACAGCUUAACCAAACCAAAGAGAGAAGCAGCACAUGUUGAUGAAUCAAGCAUCUUUUGUAACGGAAAUAUACCAGCUCAGCACAAACUGUGGAAAAACAGUGAAGACCACUGCAGUCACUCACUCAAGCGGGAAAAGAACAGCUCUAUAUGAGGGCAAAACCAAGAUUUAUGCCAAACAACUAAAGGAUAGAUUGUAAAAUGAUUAAAUAGCUGUUAACAAAUGAAGCCAAACUGGUUCUGGUUUGCUGCCAGUGUUCUGUGCUCUGUGGCUGAGAAAAUGUAAACUGGAUUUUUUUUUUUUUUAAGCUUCAUAUUGUUGGAUUAUAUGGUGAAAGUAUUUAUUUAUUUAUGUAAAUGUUGUUUUGGCAGUUAUACACUAUCCUAUGGCCAAUAUCUUAAGGUUAGUAUUUCUUUGGCACUGCAGGUGUGCAACAAAAGAUCACAUGCCCUGGUCAUGAAAUGUUGCUUAGCUUUGCUUAUUGGUUGGUACUGCAGCUGAAGUUGCCUGUAUGCUGCUGUUUAUAUCACUACCUUCAAGCUUUAUCAGGUUAAUCUUGUAAGCUGUCACAGAGUUUCACAAUGUAGAUUUUGUGAUGCUGUUUGAAUGUAAUAACUGGGUAGAAUCAAUAGUUUCUAGUUUUAUUAUAGAAAUGUGGCAUAUUUAACAACAUUGCUUUUUUUUGUAAAUGUUGCCGUUACAAUUUUAAUCUUUACCUUGAACAUGCAUGUAUUUAGGGCUGCAGUACU